GAGAGGGGGGAGAUAGGCAGGAGCGAAAAAACAGUAACUGGAAGUAACAGUGGCUCUACAACUGAAAUAACGGACCAUUUAUCGACUGUUAACAGCUCCAGUCGCCGGUAAAAGUCAAGACAAACCUCUCGGACGUCCCCUGGAAACAAGUCGACUAACUUGGAGCAGCGGAGGAGAAGAGCGACCUAACGUUCCUGCUGUCGCCACAGUCACAUGGAGUGAAUGUGGAGUAACGUUAACUCCAACCUACGAUAUUUCCAGGAUUGCCUACUACACAGAAUAUGACAGACACCUAGCAGCAGCAGUGUCAGCAGGUAAAACCAUGGCGACAGCCUACCUGGACCCCAACCUGAACCAUACCCUCCUGGGAGGUGCCAAGUCACGACUGAGUGCGGGGGUGUCGGACCGAACCAUUGGCGGCUCCGUGGACAGGGUUCUGAAAGUCUGUCAUCACUUUGAGACCAACACUGAAAACAGCUGCUGGUCCUCCAAUAUCAGAUAUGGAGAUGCAACUGAUGUCAGGGGAAUCAUCCAGAAAAUUCUGGACAUCCACAAAGUGCGCUGGACGUCUUGUUUUGGUCUGCGUCUCAGCAACGUCCAAUCCAGAGACCAGGUGCACUGGCUCCACCCUGAUAUGGGUGUGUCCCACGUCAGAGAAAAAUAUGAGCAGCCUCGACCAAACGAGGAGUGGAGGUAUGAGUUAAGGAUCCGGUAUCUUCCAAAGGGCUUUUUGCAGCAGUUUACAGAAGACAAACCUACGCUCAACUACUUCUACCACCAGGUGAAGAACGACUACAUGACAGAGAUCGGGGAUCAGGUGGAACAAGAUGUAGCUCUGAAACUGGGUUGUCUAGAAAUCAGGAGGUUCUUCAAAGAGAUGCGAGGAAACGCCCUGGACAAGAAAUCCAACUAUGAACUACUUGAGAAGGAUGUUGGCUUGAGGCGUUUUUUCCCAAAAGACCUGUUGGAUUCAGUCAAGGCUAAAACUCUUCGUAAGUUGAUUCAGCAGACGUUCAAGCAGGUAGCCAAUCUCAACGAUGAGCAGUGCAUCCUGAAGUUCUUGGAAAUACUUGUACCAAUCUACCGCUACGACAAGGAGUGCUUCAAAUGUGCCCUGGGGUCCAGCUGGGUGAUCCAGGUGGAGUUAGCCAUCGGGCCAGAGGAAGGGAUCAGCUACCUCACUGACAAGGGAUCCACACCCACCCAUCUAGCUAACUUUAACCAAGUUCAAUCCAUCCAGUACUCAGCUAUGGAGGAGAAGGACAGGAAAGGAAUGCUACAGCUCAAUGUUGCUGGAGCUGCAGAGCCUCUCACAGUUACAACAGCAUCACUGACCAUGGCAGAGAACUUGGCCGACUUGAUUGAUGGCUACUGUCGACUUGUCUCCAUGGAAACUCAUUCCUUCAUCGUCAGAGUUCAGAAAGAGGGAGAAAGAGCACUGCCUUCCAUCCCAAAAGUGUCCAAUAAUGAGAAAAAGUUGGAAGCAGUCAGGAGUGGAGUAAGAGCUAUCUCCGUCUCAGAGACUGAUGACUAUGCCGAGAUAGUUGAUGAAGAGGACACAUACACUAUGCCCUCCACGCGGGAUUAUGAGAUCCAGAGGGACAGAAUAGAGUUGGGUCGCUGCAUAGGAGAGGGUCAGUUUGGAGAUGUACACCAAGGAGUCUAUAACAGCCCGGACAAACCAGCUCUACCUGUCGCCAUUAAGACCUGUAAGAACUGUACGUCAGACAGCGUCAGAGAAAAGUUCCUACAAGAAGCACUGACAAUGCGUCAGUUUGACCACCCGCACAUCGUUAAGCUGAUCGGAGUGAUCACAGAAAACCCUGUGUGGAUCAUCAUGGAGCUCUGUACUCUCGGAGAGUUACGCUCAUUCCUUCAGGUGAGGAAGUACAGCCUGGAUUUGGCCUCUCUCAUUCUGUUUGCCUACCAGCUCAGCACAGCACUGGCAUAUCUGGAGAGUAAACGCUUUGUACACAGGGACAUCGCAGCUCGCAAUGUGUUGGUCUCUUCAGUUGACUGUGUGAUGCUCGGAGACUUUGGUCUGUCACGAUACAUGGAGGACAGCUCCUACUACAAAGCUUCCAAAGGCAAACUUCCUAUUAAAUGGAUGGCACCUGAAUCAAUCAACUUCAGGAGAUUCACCUCUGCCUCUGAUGUCUGGAUGUUUGGAGUGUGCAUGUGGGAGAUCUUGAUGUACGGCAUCAAGCCUUUCCAGGGGGUGAAGAACAAUGACGUGAUUGGCAGGAUAGAGAACGGCGAGCGGUUGGCUAUGCCUCCUCAGUGCCCGCCCACCCUCUACAGUCUGAUGACCAAAUGUUGGUCAUAUGACCCCAGCAAGCGACCACGAUUCACCGAACUCAAAACACAACUCAGCACCAUACUAGAGGAGGAGAAGCUUCAACAAGAAGAGAGACUGCGAAUGGAGAUGAGGAGACAAGUCACCGUGUCCUGGGACUCUGGAGGGUCUGAUGAAGCGCCGCCUAAACCCAGUAGACCAGGUUACCCCAGUCCUCGUUCCAGUGAAGGCUUCUUCUCCAGCCCCCAACUCAACCAUUUCCCGCCGUCAGCCCACGGUGGUGUAGGAGGAGUAGGAGGCAGCUACCCACCAACUGAUUCCUGGAAUCAACACCGACCUGAACACACUGCACUGUGGAGCCCGAACAUGGAGGAGAGCGGAUGUGUAGGCCAGGCUCUGAUGGAGGAGAGGCUGAUGAUGCAGCAGCAACAGAUGGAGGACGACCAGCGGUGGCUGGAGCAGGAGGAGAGCUUCAUGAAGACAGAGUCCAGAAACAGCAGAGGAAGCAUUGACAGAGAGGACGGCACACUACAAGCACCGGGUGGCAGCCAACAUAUCUACCAGCCUGUAGGGAAACCAGAACAUGUGGCUCCUCCUAAGAAACCGCCCCGCCCUGGAGCUCCUGGUCACCCAGGCAACCUGGCCAGUCUCAGCCCAGUGGACAGCUACAACGAGGGGGUCAAGUUGCAGCCUCAGGAGAUCAGUCCACCCCCCACCGCCAACUUGGAUCGUUCCAACGACAAAGUGUAUGAGAAUGUGACAGGACUGGUCAAAGCUGUGAUUGAGAUGUCCAAUAGGAUUCAGCCUGCAGCCCCAGAGGAGUACGUCCCAAUGGUCAAGGAGGUGGGUCUGGCGCUGAGGACUCUGCUAGCGACGGUGGAUGAGACGCUUCCUGUGCUGCCAGCCAGCACACACAGAGAGAUUGAGAUGGCCCAGAAGUUGCUGAAUUCAGAUCUGGCCGAGUUAAUAUCAAAGAUGAAACUGGCCCAGCAGUACGUCAUGACGAGUUUACAGAAGGACUACAAGAAACACAUGCUAAUGGCAGCUCACGCCCUCGCAGUCGACGCCAAGAACCUGCUGGAUGUCAUCGACCAAUCACGACUCAAGAUGAUCAGGAUUUAAUCAAGUUCUGUUGCUGUGGAGACGGAGGGUGCAGUUGCUGUUAGCCAGUCACGGGGAAGAGAUUAUUUGGACGGUCGGAGGACAAAAUGAACUGAUGGACAGCAGACGUGACUGACUGAAACAAUCAGCUCCCUCAAACAUUCAUCGUUUCCCUUUUUCUCUCUGGCAACGGUCAAGUUUCGGUCAAUAUCGUGUUGUUUUGUACUUUUGUUGCAUUAUUUGCUUUUGUAUCCAGAGAAACGCUCUUCUCCUCCCCAUCUCGCAUAUCCUCAAAGAUGAGUUUUUAAAGAAUCAUCCCUUACUACUUUUUAAAUCUUUACGUGAAUCAAACAAAGGUUUAAGAGGCUCGCUUGAAGGACCGCAGAGAUGUUCUGGUGAAUGGACGCUCCGGAAACUGCUACAUAAACACGACUAACACACUCCACGUAUGCAGGAUGUAACAACUGGAACUGAAGAGCCAGGAUAAGGAGGAUGAUGAAGAUGAUAUGAUGAUGUUGUUUAAACAUUCUUUUAUAUCAUUAUUAAUUAUUAUUACGACUAUGUUCAGCCUUGACUCGUACAGUAUGUCUCCAUAUGUCAAUUUCUCAGUCUUCCUCUCGAGAAUUGUAUGGGCAAAAGUUAUAGAUUUGCAGCUCAUAAAUGUAAUAUUUUCAUCUGUUUUUCUCAACUUCUCUCUCUAGAUCUCUUUAUCUCAGGCAUCAAGCGAUGGCAUGAAAAAUGAAACAUGAAAAGCUGAAUUUUGAAGAACAAACUAAAUGUCACAGGCCACUUUUUUAAGUUAACUUGCAUAGUAAAUAUACAAAGAAGCUAUAUUUUUAACACGUUUCUGAGGCAUGAAUUGCUAGUGAAUAAGGGAGAGGGAUGAACGGGGGGGAAAGUGAAGGGAGAGAGGUGGGGGAAGGGUGGUUUUUGAGUUGCAAUGGAGGAGCUAAACCUGUGCCAAAUGUCCUGCAAUUGACUAAAAAGGAACAUUACACUCAGAAUGCUCCAAUAUUGGUUUACCCAAUGAUUCAAGAACAAUUUCUAGCUGCAGCUCACCUGUCGGUUUUUUUGCAUCAGUUUCUUCAAAAAUGUAAAAUUCACUGAUAGUUGCUUAAUUGCUUGCUUUUGUGUUUGAAGCCAAAUUGUGUUGUUGCAUCCAUCAUGUUGUGAGUUCCUUCUGUCCUAUUUAUCUUCUCAUAAAUGUUCACUCUAAAAGAUGCUGUUCAGGUUUUCAGUUAAACCCUCGCCAAAUUUCCUUCACUUUUGUCGAUAGAUAUUUAGGGACUUUUUUUUCCCCAAAAAAUUCUGGUUCAUAUUCAGAGAACAAUUCAACAUUAAUAAUAAUCUGUUUAUCAGUCUUUAUUAGCAGGUGAAUUGCAGUUGCAGUUUAAUUUACAACUAACUGGAUUUAAUGUUAAUUUGACCUUUAAUCAUCAGAACAAUAACACUUGCUCUAUGGCUGCAAACUAAACAAAACCAGUGACAGAUACACACCCAAAAACCUACAGUAUGGGUUGGUGGACGACAUGAAGCACAGGCCUUUUCAUGGGGUUUAUUAUUUAAAUCGUCCAACAGGAUUUGAUCUUAAUCUCUCCUCAAUCAGUCCUCCUGUUUUCCUUCCCUGUCUUUCUACCUCCCUCCACUGGAGUUAUUUAUACCUUUUAUUCCCUCUCUUCUCCUGCUCUGGCACCCCCACAUUUCUACUUUUUCUUCCUGUGCUACCAUCCCUCCCUUCAGCUCCGUCUUCCUCUCCUUCCUCUCUGAUUCUCUCUCCAUUCCACUGUUCCCUCUCCCCUGAGGUGAGCAGUAUUCUCAGGAAGGAGUCACAUGUACAGUUGCUAAACCAAGCAAAUAAAACACUGUUAUCGUUAAAGAAAUAAUAUGCGAGUCUGCUUCUUUAAGUGUGUCUGUCCCUAAUCUCAUAAUUUUAUUAGAAGGUGUUGUAUCUGUUGAAUUACUCUCUUCUUAAUGCUCUUGGAGGAGAGUCAUAAUUUAUCUAAUAUUAAUACGACACCUUCACUGGAUUGAUCAACUUUGAAACUGUAGUCUAACCGAGCAAAAAUCUUCAGGUCCUCUUAUGGACCCUUUUGACUUCUAAUUAAAUACUCAUACAAUCUGUAACAUUUACAGUUUACACAUACUUUCAAUUGAGCCGUUGUGGGAAGAACCGCUAUCUUAGAUUUUGCGUUGAAGUGGUAAAAUACACGUGUUUCCGCCCGGUUUCGAACCGGGGACCUUUCGCGUGUGAGGCGAACGUGAUAACCACUACACUACGGAAACUGAUGUCAGAUAAAUUGGCCAAUUAGACAGAUGUAUUCCAGUUAAAAUGAGUACAUAAAAAACGUGGCAUACAUAAGACUUGAAUUUUUGUCAACAUUAAAACACAAAAUUAUUGACUUCUUUCAUUCCCGCUAGAGGAAAUUGAAAGCACGUCUGACAUUUGUCAGACUGAAUGGAAAUAUAAAUGAUGGGAUGACAGACGGACUGUGCUGACUGCUGUAUGACAUGUUCAGGUAAUAUUAAGCCACACAUUUCCUUCUACUUACAAGAUCACUACAGCAUGUUUCAUUGCAGGCUGACAGUCUAACAGUGUGUUUGCACUGUCUUAAGGACAAAUUUUAUAAUUUCUGUUGCAAAAAAACCCCAGCAAUAUGAAAUUAAGACCACCUCCUCAGAAAGCCUCCUCAAUAAAGGUAGAAUCAUCUGUCACUGCCUCCAUACUCCUCCAGUCCUACUGUAGCUGAUUUAUAUCUGAAAUCCACAUUCUUGUUUUAUGGGGCUGACAGCAUUUACUCCACUGGAUGCAUUUGUCUAAAACUCUCGCUCCACUAUUAACACGUGUCUACCUUCAGAGCUUGGCUGUCAUUGCUGUGCUGAUGUCCACUUAAAUUCAGAG